AUGACUGGUACUAAUCAAAUCAACCCUAGUGAAUCCAGGAGUGUUGUUCCUUUGAAUACGUAUGUGCUCAUUUCAAAUUUCAAGCUUGCUUACAAUCUUCUGCGGCGAGCAGAUGGGACGUUCAACCGAGACUUAGCAGAGUUUCUGGACAGAAAAGUGUCGGCAAACGCGAUUCCGGUUGACGGGGUGUUUUCGUUUGAUCAUGUAGAUCAAAACAGUGGUCUAUUCAACCGAGUUUAUCUACCGUCUUGGGUGAAUGAAUCUGAAUGGGGUGUCAUAGAUUUGGAGAAACCAUUGAGUUCAACGGAAAUUGUACCUGUUAUAAUAUUCUUUCAUGGAGGAAGCUUUUCUCAUUCAUCUCCAAACAGUGCUAUCUACGACACGUUUUGUAGAAGGCUGGUGAGCCUUUGUAAAGCCGCGGUUGUUUCGGUUAAUUACCGAAGAUCGCCGGAGCAUCGGUUUCCAUGUUGUUAUGAGGAUGGUUGGAAUGCACUCAAAUGGGUGAAAUCAAGAAAAUGGCUUCGAAGUGGGAAAGACAAAAAAAUUUAUGUUUACAUGGCGGGUGAUAGUUCAGGUGGGAACAUUGUUCAUCAUGUAGCGGUUAAAGCUUCUGAGGAAAAAAUCCAUGUUUUAGGGAACAUUCUUCUUCAUCCAUUGUUUGGUGGUGAAAAGAGAACAGAAUCUGAGGUUAGAUUAGAUGGAAAGUACUUUGUUAGAUUGCAAGACCGUGAUUGGUAUUGGAGAGCUUUUUUACCAGAAGGUGAAGAUAGAGAUCACCCUGCUUGUAACCCGUUUGGUCCUAAAGGGGUAAAAAAUCUAAAAGGACUUGAUAAUUUUCCUAAAACUCUUGUUUGUGUUGCUGGUUUGGAUCUUUUACAAGAUUGGCAAUUGGCUUAUGUGGAAGGUUUGAGGAGUUUUGCUCAACAGGUUAAACUUCUAUUCCUUAAGGAGGCUACUAUUGGAUUUUACUUCUUGCCUAAUAAUGAUCAUUUCUAUGUCCUUAUGGAGGAAAUCAAGAACUUUGUUAAUCCUAAUUGUUAA